AUGAAGCACAUAGGUCUCCACAAAAAUCUGGGACACAAGGCUUAUGAGCAUAGAGACGUGUAUUCUAAUAGGUCGUUUCCUUUAUGCAUAGUCAGCAAUGUCAUUGACGCAAGUUUUGCUUGUACAUUAAGCCUAUUGCAUGUGCUAUCAACCCUCUCACAGAUUUACUUUUGGCUCCUGGCUACUACAGCUCUGUGUGCUUGCACCCAUUACUCGCAUUUUCCGACGGAGUUAGAUGACAGUCAGACAUCAGUGCACUUCAGUAUGACCGAGACAGGUUUGUGCAAGUACAUAGCCAGCGGAUUUGAUAUUGCACCAAUGGCUGCUCAGGGCGUCGCUGGAAUGGAGAUGGAUCUCACCAUAGGUGUAAUUAAAGUCAAGGUAUCGGAUUUGUCCGUGAAUGAGCUAUCAGUUGAGAGCUAUAAAACCCCCCUCAUUGAAAAUGCAGAUAGUCGCUAUGUUGAGUUUACUGGAAUUACCAUUGAAAUUCAGUUGAAAAUCGCUGUUACUGUCUUGCUUGUCCCCAUGGAGGCUGUGAUCUCGAUUGGGAUACCGCGUGCGAACGGCUACGCUUCCGGCCAAGUUGAUAUCAGCAACACGUGUCCUUACCAUAUAUCUAUAGACAUCACUAACACGAAGAUUGAUUUUGAUGAGAUCACUCUUCAAGUUGUUGAUGGGGAUUCAGGGCUGUUGGGGUCGUUCUUACCUGGCUUCAAGUCUCAGAUAGAGUCGGUCUUGAAGGGCGACCAGAUGUCUUCUACUAUGGCACAGGCAUUCAAUGCGAUCAAAGAUGGGAUGGAGAGUAGUGCCGACUACAUUAUCAACUUCUAUGAGGACUCGGCAAAGAAGAAGACGCUCGUUGAUGUACGCUAUACUGGGUUUCUUUGGGGUCGUAACUUAGUCACGUUGAAGGCAGGUGGAUACACUUAUCCGUUUCUUGAUGCUGGUGCCGAUGGCUCCACACAGAUACAUUAUGAAGGACAACGAGAGACAGCGACUAUGCCAACACAACUAAAUGACAAGGACUGGCAGUUUAUCAUUGAUGUGUCCGCAUUUAAGUCUAACCUGGACGUGAACAAUCGAGAAGCAAAGCUUUACGAUGUCCAGUUCCGGUCUGACGACCUUAAAUCUGUUUUUGGUAAAGCGUCGGCACCGGGUCAUCUGAUGGUGGCCGUUACAAACAACGCCUCUCCAACUGUGUUAAAGGUAGGGGGCGCGGGCCUCAAGUGCUCUUUUGACAUCACCGCAAAGAUGUGGAUUACCAAGAGUGAUACGGACAUGGAGAAGCAAGAGGAUAUUGGGUCUGUGCACCUUGUUUUUAGUGGUCUGGCGGCAGUCGGAGCAGACCAGUAUCUCUGGACGGAGACUCUGAACACUACCAUAAUAUAUCCUUCCUUUGAACAAAUAAUAGACAUUAAGGGAGAAGUGUUGGAGAACCACGCUUCGUUUACACCAGGGGAUGAGUACUGGUAUAAGGAGAUAGGCUCUGCCCUGGAGGUGGAUUAUUUCGGUGCACUCCACCCUAUUCUUAGAAGGACCGGUCUUACAUGGACUAAUUUGAAUUUUGCUAAUUUCUCCGGUGUCCAGAUAGUGUACCUCCCCGAGACGCUGGUCCUUGUCAGUGGGGACUUCUUUGACACUGCUGCUUCUGCAAGUAGUAGGGGUCACAGACGGCAGCCCCUUUCUCUUCGCUAA